AUGUUGUCUACAGUUUCCAUCCAGCUCUGCAAACUUCGGAAAGAGUACAAGUCGCUGCGUCAUCUGAUCAAACGGAGAAAGUCCCGUACCCACAGCAGGCGAACAACUUUUCACACGGUCAUAUCAUCUCGUAAAGCUAAUCUACAAUCAAAAGGAUGUCAGACUGACAAGAUUGCCUCAACUAAUGAGGAUCCAGCACUCGGAAUGGAAUGUCCCUCACCUAUGGACGAAGACCUCACAAACUGCAACUCACCGUUGAUCAGCCAAUAUGGAGCUCACCAGUACGGUCGAACACAGCAGUCAUCCCCCGUCCACAGAAGCACUGCACACAUGAAUCCGUCUCCCGAAGACACUGAUCAUAGCCAUCCUCUCCACAGAAGCACAGAACACACUGAAGUUGAACACAAAAGCUCUGACCAGAAUGGGGUUGAACAUAAAAACCCUGACCACACGCUACCUGUCCACAUGACCCCUGAACACAAUGAGACUGAACAUAAUGAAGCUGUCCACACAACACCUGUACACAACAGCCCUGCACAGAGAGGAUUUAUGAUGGUCACUGGCCUCACGCUUCCUGCCCUCAACUCUCCUGAACACACUACCCCUCUAAGAUCCUCACCGCUUGCUGUUUCACCCUCUCCUACUCCCCCCUGGUUGUACACUCCUGAGUCUCCUCCUCGUAUUUACAAGUCCACCAUAUAUAAUGCUGCUGAUCAUCCCAACAGUCCACCCUUUCACCACCUCCUAAACCAAGGUCUUGAGAUUUUUGAGCCAAUAAGUCCUGAGGCUGCAUCAUCGGAAAAUCCACCGCGAUACGAUACCUCCACACGAAAAGACGACCAGCCUGCACUACUCAAAGUCACUCCAGAUACCUCUCCAACGAAGAGCAGCGGCUUUGCUGAUCACGCCUCCACCGUGAAUGCCUUCGCUGCAACCGCGACAUCGAGACGCAUCUCAAUCCCUGUAAUUAACUUCGAUCAGAGUCAGGUAAUUAUUUUUUUUGUUUGCUCAGCUUUCUUAGGUGUCAAUUGUUCCGGAAUAGUUCAUAUAUUUGAUAUCAUUUCUGCGCAGGAGGAUAUUUCACCGGAGGAUUGUACUGAGCUCAGUGACUCUUCGCCGGCCAAGCCAACUCCCAGACAUCAGCCAUCAGAAGAGGAAUGCGAUCUCGCAACAGAACUGUUCAAGUGCCCGUCUGUACCAGCACUCACCAUCCUCUCUCCGCUCCCGCAGACGAUGUGGGAACUAUUCUCCUCAACUCUCCAAACAAAGAAGGAUGUGUUUCACAUCACUCCGUCUAAAUUUGACUUCUCCAACAAAUUCCUCCUAGAUAUAGCUGAGCCGCAGAAAUGGUUAUCAACAUUUGGUUUCAACUACAACAAAAAGAGAUUUACGGCUCUAUACAUCGAAACCUCUCCUCUUCAGACAGAAUCAACCCCCCCACCCUCGAUGACUAGCUCGUCAACUUCAUCUUCCCGACCGUCGUCGCGCAGGUCUGUGCACGGUGUCCCAACCAAAUGCUGGUGUGGGAAAGGUCUUCAGAUUUGGGCUUCAGAAACAAAAGAGAACCCAUUUCGCCGUUUCUACCGUUGCGAAGUCGUCCUCCAGAGGAAAUCAGAGUCACACCUCUUUAAAUGGGAAGACGAAGCCAUUCUAGAUGAAGUUAGAAUGGUGGAUGCGAAAGUUAUGGAUCUUGUCCACGAUUAUCAGGCACUGUCCAAAAUAGUGGCUGAUCAGCUCCAUGAACACAAGUCUGACUGUGAACACAAGCUCAAACAACACAUGUCAGAGAUGAAACAACAGAUGUUGGAUGCCAAAACGCAGAUGAUAGAAGAGUUUCAUUCGGCGUUCGGUUCAAACAUGGAGGCAACACAGAUAGGAGUCACUUCUACUACUAAUAACUUUGUAGCUGUUGUGGCAAUUGUCGGAGCUAUGGCAUGCAUCUAUUGGAAACUCUUCUAG